UUUCUACGGUGCGGUGGUUGUCUUGGCGUCUACUAAGAACCACCUACGUACGCGCGUUCUGCAAAAGUUUAAUAUUGAUUAACAUUGAUUUGCCAGCAAGAAUUCAAAUCAAUUGCAAACAAAAAAGUGUGUGUGCUUCAGAAUAAAAUAAAAAACAAACAACGAACUAACAUGACGUAUCCUGUUAACAGCUAACAGUUAAAGCUACAACGACAACAACAAAAAAAAGUGCAAUAUAUAUAUAGUCUAUAUAGUAGAAGGACCAACUUUACCUCACUGCUCAAACUGCUAACGAAUCACAACAAACAAUCAACAUGGCUAUGAAUUAUUACAACAGCAGCAGUCGCUUCGAUAUGGUGGUGGAGAUAGCGAAUAUAGCGCUGGAUGAGUUCAAGACGCAUCACAUAACGCGCAACUAUACGGGCCUGGUGCAGCGCUAUUAUCAACUUGUCGAGGAGGAUUAUGGCGAUCCACGCGCCAAACGUUUUCCGCUGAUGGAGCAUCCGCUAUUUACAUUCGGUCUAGUGGCCAUCUAUCUGUCCUGGGUGCUGGUGCUCGGGCCGCUGUUCAUGCGUGAUCGCAAGCCCUUUCAGCUGCGACGCACACUGGUCAUCUACAACGCCUUUCAGGUGCUGCUCAGCGGCUACAUGUUCUAUGAGCAUUUGAUGGCUGGCUGGCUGAACUAUUAUAAUCUGAAGUGUCAACCAGUUGAUUAUUCCGAUGGUCCCAUGUCGAAACGGAUGCUGAAUCUCUGCUACAUCUAUUACCUGUCCAAACUAACGGAAUUCGCAGACACUGUGUUCUUUGUGCUGCGCAAGAAGUCGAGCCAAAUCACCUGGCUGCAUGUCUAUCAUCAUUCGGUAACGCCGCUGGAGACCUGGGUGCUCGUCAAGUUCCUAGCAGGUGGCAAUGCAACGUUCCCCAAUCUGCUGAACAAUUUCGUGCAUGUUUGCAUGUAUUUCUAUUAUAUGAUGGCUGCCAUGGGACCGGAGUAUGCCAAAUUUUUGUGGUGGAAAAAAUACAUGACGGAGUUGCAGAUCGCGCAGUUUGUGCUUUGCAUUGUCCACACCACACGGGCGCUCUUCAGCAAUCAGUGUCAGUUCUCCAAGUUUAUUUCAGCGCUGUUGCUACUCAAUGCCACCAUAUUCUUCUGCCUCUUCAUGAACUUCUAUGUGCAGAGCUACAGAUCCAAAGCGAAGCAGUCAGCGGUGCUGGCGGACAACAACAACAACAGUUGCAAGCUUAGCGACAAUCAACAAAAGCAACAGCAACAGCAAUGCUUGGCACAAAAACUGAAAGCGAACUGAGCAAUCCACAAAAGAACAAACAUUAACAUUACUUCCAACAGCUGCUGUUGCCCAAAAAAUGAAAAACAAAUUUGUAUAUUACGAUAGAAAUUGGUGUUGGUUAUAGGCAGACAGCAUAUAGCAUAUUGGAAGUACUUUGGUACAAAGGUAAUUAUAGUUAUGGGAGCCAUACAUGUUUAGCUAGCAAACUGCACUCACACACACGCAAAGACAAGCCUAAGCCUUACACAAAUUUUCUUAAAUUUACUUUACUGCUUUUGACCACAAUUAUUUGCCUUUAGUAUAUAUCGCAGCUUGUGCACAUAUACUAUAUAAAAGAACUGGGUCAAUUUUUACGAUCUGCCUAAACUUAAGUCAUUUAAUUUUAGCAAACUCGUCAUAGCGCAUUAUAUUUAAAUUGCUCCGUUGACAAAUCCUAACUUUUAAGUGCUAAUUAUAAUUUUUGUAUAGCUGUUUUGUAAAUAGAUUUUUUUCGUAUUUGUUAAAUAAUAGAUAUUUGUAAUUGCCUAAGCAUAGCCCUAAGCCAACUAGUCUUAGUUACAAAAAUGCGCACCAACAAACAGAGCAAUAAUAAAAGUUAAGAACUUUAUAUACAAA